AUGGACGUGCUGAGCAACCAGGGUCACCUAUGGCUGGUCGGCCUUGCCAUGCUCUCACUCGCUGGGUUCCUCCUCGUCACCGGAAGAUUGCAGGGUAGCGGUUUCUUGGGUCGCGUUCGCAACAACAGGUUCUCAAAACGUGGAUGGCAGCCAUGGGCAGCAGCAACCGAUGAGAAGCCAUCAACUGGACCGCCUUCUGGAACCUACGUGAACGUCUUUCCACCGCAACGUCGUCAUCUCCUGGAUUCGUCAAAAAUUGCGAUUUCAUGUGAAAAUGUCAACGAGGAAGAAAUUGCAAAGUACCCACUGCCCAUGACUGCGAACUAUGAGACAUGCACGGACAAGAGAUAUACUCCAACAGGAUUCUCUGUGGCGGAGGUCAAGGCACUGGGUGAUUUCCCUGACUAUGCUGAGCUCAGUGGUGUGCCCUUGCCGGAGCCUUACUACGAGUUCGACAUUGACAAGGCGUUGCCACGACCUUAUCGCCCAUUCCGGUGGUCCUACCAUCAGACAAUGUCCCUUACGAAGCUGGAGACCGAUUGGUGGAUCGAACUCGAGAACACAUACAGAGAACGAAUAACACAGCGCAAGGAGUUGUACGCAAAACACGGCAGCUCCGUACUUGGUUAUCUUCCUGGCUCAGAACUGGCCUGCAAGGAGCUCAUGGAAAUGGUAUUGCAGUUUAUCUGUGCUCGCUAUCCGCAGUGCUUUUUCAUCGAGAACUAUCAGAUUCUGCACAAUCGCAUCCUAGGCACGACAGAGGAUAUCCGGUCCAAGCAUCCCCUCGAGGUUCUUAUCGAUAAUGUGCCGGAGGACUUUGGGAUUAUGAUGCGCGAUGAGAAGACAGGUUUCUACUUCCUACGCGCAGGCGUCAUCUGUUCGUCUUUGGGAUGGAAUGUUGGGACCAAGAUUGGCCUUCAGCUGCAUCAGAUCCACGAGGAUAUUCCCGACUACAAAGAGAAGAUGCAAUUCUCCAUGGAUCGAUUCUUCACUAAGAUGCCUGCCGACAAGCCCAUCCAGAGAGGAUCCUGGGGACUCGAGGUCGGCCAGCCUCUGUACAUGCCCAAAGGGGACCCUCACGAGGAACUACGCCUUUCCCAGGACCCGAACCUUCAGCUGGACAAUUGUCAUCUCCGAGUCGACUGGCAGACUCUUCGUCGUCUUCCUCUUUCCGCCGCCAUUGUUUUCAAUUUCAAGGCCCUUUUCACCCCGGUGUCAGAAUUCCGAGAUGAGCCAGGUGUGCCUGCAUUGACGCUCAAGAUUCUGAAGGAAGGUAAAAAGAAUCUGAUGGAUUACAAAGGCACCUGGCAUGUGGAGCACGUUGUAAUCCCAAAGCUUGAAGAGUGGGCCAAGGAACAGGAAGACAAGGGACAUGUCCCCAAGAAUUGGCAGGUGUCAACCUUGGAUGACAGUCCAUGGUACAAGGGAUGGCAGGAGAAAUGGCAUCGCCAGCAGGGAUUCUAA